CCUCUCCCUCCGCCUCCUCUUUGACCGGCCUUGUGGUCGGCAGAACCCUGAGGUCACAUCAAAUAUGACUUUGUGCAUCGUACAAGCCCUAAGGAACAGCAAGAUGUCAGACUAACGCUCCCACUCCUUGUCAGGGCCAGUCCAGAAAAUCAUGCAGUCAUCUGGGCACAGGUUCCGGGAUGUCGAGCAUCACCCGCUGCUUGCUGAAAAUGACAGCUACGAUUCAUCAUCCUCUGAGUCGGACAUGGCUGACAGAGUCUGGUUCAUCCGAGACAGCUGUGGGAUGGUCUGUGCUGUGAUGACCUGGCUCCUCGUCAUCUAUGCGGAUUUCGUAGUGACGUUCGUCAUGCUGCUGCCUUCCAAAGAUUUUUGGUACUCGCUCAUCAAUGGGGUUCUUUUCAACUGCUUGGCAAUCCUUGCCUUGUCCUCUCACCUGAGAACGAUGCUGACUGACCCCGGGGCUGUUCCAAAAGGAAAUGCAACAAAAGAAUACAUGGAGAGUUUGCAGCUGAAACCAGGUGAGGUGAUCUACAAAUGUCCAAAGUGCUGCAGCAUUAAACCAGAACGUGCCCACCAUUGCAGUAUUUGCAAGCGAUGUAUUCGGAAGAUGGACCAUCACUGCCCAUGGGUUAAUAACUGUGUAGGAGAAAGGAACCAGAGGUUUUUUGUGCUUUUUACUAUGUACAUAGCUCUGAUUUCAGCUCAUUCCCUCAUCCUGUGUGGUUUUCAGUUCUUCUCCUGUGUCAGAGGACAGUGGAUUGAAUGCAGCGACUUUUCUCCCCCUGUAACCGUAAUCUUGCUGAUCUUCUUGUGCCUUGAAGGUUUUCUGUUCCUUACUUUCACUGCAGUAAUGUUUGGCACCCAGAUCCACUCAAUAUGCAAUGAUGAAACGGAGAUCGAAAGGCUGAAGAGUGAGAAACCCACGUGGGAGAGGAGGCUACGCUGGGAAGGAAUGAAAUCGGUCUUUGGGGGCCAGCCUUCCCUGCUGUGGAUAAAUCCUUUUGCUGGAUUUCGAAUCAGACGGCUUAUGCUAAGAGCCAAGAAAGGAGGUCCUGAGUUUUCUGUUUGAGCCUGCCUAAUCAUGCUGGAACUCACAAAAGAAGUAGUAUAUUAUAUUUAUUGGGUGCCAGGGGGAGAAGCGCUGCCCGCAUGUAACCUGUGACCAACAGAGAUUGACACGUGAAACAUUUUGCUUGUAGCAAGCAGAGUUUUAUACAUUUAUAGUAACAGGCAUCUCAUUAACUCUCAGAAGCAUAAAGCGGAUACUAUCACACAUGGCUUUUGAGCAAGAUAACAAAGAAAGAGAAAAAACCAAGAGAUGUGGAUGGUCACACUAAAGAAGCCAAAAUAUCAUAAUUACUACUGUAAUUUAUUACUUUAGAGGACUAAUUAUGCAUUUAUUUUUUUCUCGAAUCCUGUUUAUUGAAUAUGUGUGCUCUUUUAUUUCUAUUUUUUUUUGUAAGAGUUGAUCUCUGCUUUUUUAUAUAUGUAAGAUUGUUGAGGCACAGAUGUCAAUCAUGAUACAGAAGUACAAAGGCUGGAAAUGGCCGGCCAAAGCCAAUCCUCUUUUGAUCCGAUAGAUUUUAGUCAGUGCUCAUGCAAUGGUUCAAUUUGUUUACAGAAUCCCCUGAACUAUAUUUCUGCAUCCGAAUAUCUCUGUAGGCUUAUGAUUAAUGGAUAGAUAACCAAAAAGCAUACAAGGAGACUGAUAAUUGAUAAAAACAAUUCCUUAGCCUUGUGAAAGUACAGUAUUUCUUUUUUUAAGGUUACAUUUUAGAAUGCUAACUGUGCAACAGAUUCCAAGCCUAUAGUCUCGGCUAGAUUUUUGCUUCAGUUUUGCUAAUAAUAACUAUCUAUAUGGGAACUCAUACUUUGCCACUUAAGUGUGUCUUUGGUCCUUUUGUAAAGUAAACAAGGGACCAAAGACAGGUGUUUCCUGUGGAAUGAGUGUGUUGCAGAUGGGAAGGCUGUAAAUCCAGCAAAUAGUCUCCGGUGCUUCUUGCAUUUCAUGGCACAAGCCAACAAAGACACUCUUACUCCACGGUAACCUCCACGAACUUGCUGUUGCUGUUCUAAACAAGAUGUGUUGAAAAGAUUUUAGUCAGUGACCUGAAAAGAUCUUAAAACACUUUCUUUUGGGAGAAAGAAUGGCUUGUGCUGAGAUUAUAAACACACUCUUUAGAAAUUAGCCUCGCAGAUUCCGGAGGCUAGUUACUGUGGCGCUUCACAGAUGCUUCCUUGUGCAUGCAAAGUGCAUACACACGGAUAAAAUAUACUGGGUUCCUUUUGGCAGCAGAGGUACUGCAGGUUGCACAAAGCAAUUCUGACAUGGCACUGUCUCCCCAGUUGAAGCCCUCCGCACAGCUCUCGUAGAGAGAGGAUUGUUCUGUGCACCCUACUGUCCCACAUAAGCGUGGGCCCCUCCUGAUGAUAUUGGAAUGGAUUUAGCAUUCUGAAACCAAUUUUUCACAGGAUCUCCUUUCAGCCAUGCCAUAUUAACUGUUCUAUUGAGCUACAUUGGUUUGGCAUUAUCAGAUAUGGAGUUGGAGAUUUCUUCAGAAACAUGGAGCAGAGUACUCGGCUGGUAAAGAUAUGGAUAAGGAGGAUUAUAAAACAGUUGGCAACAGUCAGAAAAGGAAAAGUGAUUUGUUCUCGUCUUAAGAACGUAAGCAACUUCCAUGGCAGAAAAAUGAAUUCCAUAAAACCUUGUUUUACUGCCUGUACAGAUAGUGAAACCUCCAGGUAUGUGAGAGAUUUAAGGAUAUUUAAGUGAACAAUAUGCUCAGUAGCGAGACCAUCUUAAACUGGCUCUCUUGUCCUUCUCACCUUACCUGCUUUUAACAUCAUUCAAGGGGAGAUUCAGUGCAAACCUUGAGCACGUAUAUACUCAAAACGAAAAACACUCCUGUUUUGAAUCUUGCCUUAAACAUUCCGGGGCUCUUGCUCUUUACACCAUAGUACAUGCGUGCUCAAGAAUCAUCCAUUCCGUGAUUGGAAUCCCAAAUAAAACCUCAUUGGUAUCCAUUGUAUGUCUAUGGGGAAUGCAUUCUGGGCUCGGCUCAAAUUUUGGGAGUUCUACCCCAACGCUCUCUUCUGCCCAAGAGAUACACUGCUGUUUGGCUGAUUUCUUCCACAACAGGAACAACAGCAGGACAAAAAUACCAAGCUCUCCACCACGUGUCCAUGUUUCUCUGUUUCUUUGGAUGCCUGCCUUUGGGAUUCCAGCCUGCAAGUUUACCACUACAUGUCAAUGUAAAUUUAAAUUCCUUAUGACUCUUAUAUUUGGAUGUGCGGAUCAAGACACCUUUCAGAAACAAAAGUCUAUGCAGAUAAUGCCUUCCUUGGUGGAUAUUUGCAGUUCGUUCUUAGCCCUGGAACAAAAUUCUGCAGUUCGUUCUUAUGCAUAUAUUCACAGUUCCUUUGAGCCUGGAUACGUAUUAUUGGAGGAACUGCUAAACAGGAACUAAAAACCUCAAAAGCGGAUGAAUAAAGCAAAGUUUAAAAUGCAGCAAGCUCAAGGAGAUUCUUUGCCGUUUCUGGUUUGCGCCUUCCCCUUAUUUGGAAAUCAAACUGUAUCUGCUGCCUUUAUCACUGAAUCUUCGUACAUAAUGCUCUCCAAGGAACUGUACUGCUGGAACUCCAUGAAUCCCUUUAAAAGCAGCUAAACCUGUGUGUGACUUAGCAAGUGCGUGUAUGUGUGUGUGUGUGUGGUGCGUAUGAAAACGGAAUUUCCUGGCUUUUCAAAUCCUUGUUCUGUUGUAAUUUUUUAA